AUGGAACCAAAACUGCGCUCACCUAAUGGUAGUAUCUUCACCACCAGACGAAUCAUCUUAGUUAUACUUGUUGUCGUGGUUGGUGUUGUUGGUGGCUUAAUUGGAUGGGCUAUCGGUAGAGGACAAACACCUCAUAACACUGGUGGCACCGCAAUGUCCACUGCUGCUCCGACCAAUGCUCCUGUUACCAAUUUGGAUGAAAUGCACAAACAAGUUAUUGAUGAGAUGAAAACGGCAAACAUCGACAAGCAUAUCAAAAUCAUCAGGCUUAUUCACAUUUUUAUUGCCUUUGUGCUAGAAAGUAUACACUCGUAUUGUAAUAGAAUUGAGAAUGCACGCUUGCUUACACAAUCGGGUGGGGGAGCGACGUUGCUAGCCGCCUCUGCUUCAGCGGGACCAAUAUGCUUAAUGCAUGCUGCUGUGCAUACCAUCCAAACGUUACAGAGCAAAAAUAAUAUGCAAUAG